CUUUGUUUAAUCCGCGCCAUUUGUACGUGUCAGGUUGUUUCUGUGCCAUUUGUACGUGUUAGAAAUUAUUCGUGCCAUUCAAAAUCUGCUAAAUAAUGAGGAAAGCAAAGGCGGAUCAGCCGCCAGAGAGAUAUGUUACAUUAAACAACAUCAAGAAAAAUACCAAAGUUGAUGUGUAUGGAGUUGUGAAAUUCUUUAAACAGCCGUAUAAAUCAAGGGGCAGUGAUUACUGCACAAUGAUAAGUAUAGUUGAUCAAUCCUACACAGAUCCUAUGGAUAAACUAAAAUGUUUGUUGUUUGCCAAAGAACUUGAUAAACUACCCCUUGUGAAGCUUGGAAACAUAAUAAGGUUUCACAGAUUAUCGGUAACAGAAUUUGCUGGGUCGUUGCAGGGUCAGAGUGGCCCUGGCUCUUCAUGGUUAGUGUUUACAGGGGAUGUUGAUAGUCCACUAGAACCUGUAAAAUCUUCAUCACCAUCAUUCACAAUAAAUGAUACAGAUAGGAAUAAGGUUAAAGAACUUCGUCUCUGGGCAAACAACAAAGAUGACCUACAUGAAAAAUUGUGCACUUUUAAUGAAAUUGCUAUGGGUGGUUUCUUUGACAUUGUUUGUCAGGUUAUACAGACAUGUGUCAUAGAGAAAGAUGUUGGAAGAUUGUUAAAAGUCUGGGAUGGUACUCGGUGUAUUUAUGAUGUGCGAGAGGUGAGUGUUGAAGAUGGCAUGCAGCAAUCUAAAGAUGACAAAUUACUCCAAGAUGCUGAUGGUUUUAUCUAUGAUGUCAGUUUGUUUGACAACCAUUUUAUGUCUUCUAGUGAUAUAAAGCCAGGAGAUUAUAUCAAGUUUACAAAUGUGCAUGCUGCAGAACACAAGUCUGGCAGUAGCAGUAAAACUGGUGUUGUAGAGUUUAUUCUUCAUAGAGGGGACUCAUUCAACAGAUGUGUUCAAAUUUUACAACCAGACAACAGUGAUCUUAAAGAACUUAAACAAAGACAAGAAAUUAUUGUUAUGGAAAAAAACUUCCUUAAUUCAGAAUCACUGACAGACAUUACAAAUUUACAAGAUAUUAAUCAGCCUUCCUCAUGUGAACCAGUAGAGAACAGUAACACAAAACAUAUUGCUGUGUCAAGUGAGGAGAAUGAAGUAUCAGAAAAUGUUAGCCAUAAAAAAGAAUAUAUCCCCAAUGAUUUCCCAAGUACCUCUAAAAGACCGAUUAUUGAACAUACUGAAGAUACCUCUGUGAAACAUGCAAAGAAGACAUGUGGAAAUAAUGUGUGUGGUAAAACCACUGAAUUUCAUGUCAGUUCAAGUGAACCGAGAUGUAUGGCAAAGAGUAGUACAGUUGUAUUGAGUCAUCCACAAAUAAAAAGAAGCAUGAUAAAAGAGGUGUUGGAGCACAGUAUACCAUUCAGGUUUAAAGUGAGAGUUAAAGUUCUGGAUUAUCAUCCUAAAGCCGAUUCUGUGAAAACUUUCCUCAAACUCUACUGUUCUGAUUGCCAUUACCUAUGUUCAUGCCCUGGUAAUGAAGACAAAGAUGAAAGCAUGUCAUUUUCUCAACUACAGAUAGGCAGCUCAUUUAAAGGUGUAGCACACUAUAAUUGCCCACAAUGUUGUCAGAAUAAAGUUCUUCAAGGUCUAGAUUCACAGCCACAUCUACAGUAUAUAUACAUGAUGAGGAUUAUCCUCUCAGAUAACACCGGGAUGUUGAUGGCGAACAUUUGGAAAGAAGAUGCAGUACAAUUUUUUCAAGAUAUGGAACCUGAAAAGCUUCUGAAAAAAACAUUUCAAAAUUUUACAGCGGGUUUACAAGAGUGUGGGUCGCCUAUUUACGAUUAUAGAGAGGAAAGAAAUGGUAUUUCUUAUUUACAAUCAAAUUCAGGGUAA